GGGUUUGGAGAUUCUAUACCUUAUGUUUCCUGGGGCUUUUGUUUUAUAUGUUUGAAGAAGUCGUCUUUCUUUCUCUUAAGACAAACAAACAAAAACCCCUUUUUUGAUAUCGAUUCCCCCCUAUUCCACACUUCGCUAAGCAAUUGCUGCGGUACCGUGUUGAAUUGAAUUGUCUGUCUACCUACCUUAUCUCCCUAAGGUUUAUAGGUAUAUAUAUAUAUCAUGGCAUUGGAGGAGGAGAAAUACACCCCUGGGAACUCAGGGCUUGAAUUAUUGCCCGUUGAGCUGUUGCAAAAGAUAUUGUUCGCGGCGAGUUUGAAUGCGGAUUGUGUGCCGCUGGAUUGUGUGGCUCGGUCUCUUCAAGAUGUAGAAGAAGAAGAAAAAAAUCAAAAUUCCAAAAAAGCAGGAGGAAGAGGAGAAAAAGCAGGUCUUCUUCCCUGUCUUCUCACAUCCCGCACCAUAUACACCACAGCACUCCGAAUCAUGUACCGCAAAGUAUCCAUAUCACUCGCUCCAAACCUGACGAGUUUACGUUUCCAGCUUGAGCGGUUUCCAACUCGAGGGCGCUUUUUGCGCUCUCUUGAUCUAUCAUCUAUAGACGAUGUGGCUCUUCCUCUUCCUCUUUCGCAUCAUCAUCAUCAUACGACGGAAGAGGAGGAGGCAGGAGGUCUCGCGAGUGAUCUGGAAGCUUGUAUCGAUCGCACGCCUUUGCUUCAACAUCUUCUCAUCUCUCCCAAGAUAUCGAAUCUUUUACCUACGAGGCUGUUCGAGAAAUUAUUCACGGCGCUGACGUAUUUGAAGACGCUGUCUUUGGAAAAUUGCAUUACGCCGAACCUCACCUCCGCUCUUACACAUCUCCUAGAAGAUCAAACCGAAACCGAAACCGAAACCCCCUCCUCAAACAAAAAAAUCAUCCCAUCAAUCACCCUCCUCAACCUAUCCCAUUGCACCACCCUCCCAUCUUCGAUCUUCGAGCUUCUGACUCCGCAUCUUUCGGAUCUACAGGUUUUGAAUGUUGAGGAGACGCAGAUGAGUUGCGCUGCGCUGAAGAAGAUUCCUAGAUGUGCGAGGGUUACGCAUUUGAAUUUGAAUCGGUGCGCGGGGCUUGAGGAGGAGGAGGAGGAGUUGUUUAAAGUUCUACGCACGCAUCCAGCAUUCACACAUACUCUCUCAUCUCUCGAACUCGCCCAUCAUCUCUCCCCCUCCACCACCACCUCCUCAUCCUCCUCCUCCUCCCAUCUAACACCACUCCUAAGCACCCUCACCCUCUCACCCCUCCGGAUUCUCGACCUCUCAGGGCAUAACAUGGAAACCUCACAUCUCUCACAAAUCAAAAAGCUCGCAGAUCAAGAGCUUCAGAUCGUGAGGCUUGGACGCGGACUCUCGAUGGAUGAUAUCGAGGGUUUGUUUUGGGAUGCGAAGGAUUUGGAAGGUGUUGAUAAAUUACCUGUUUCUUCGGAUUAUUUCAGUCCAUCUGGAUCCGGGGGAGCAGGAGAAGGAGAAGGAGAAGGAGGAAAACAAGAAGAAAACCCCACCCUAAAAACCCUCCGCAACGCGAUUCUAAGCUGCAAAUUAAAACGCCGAAUCCGAUCCCUCUCUCCCCCUCCCUCCCCAGUCAUCAAAGGGAUCAAAAUCCUAGACCUAACAAGUCUAGAAGUCGCAGAACAGGUUAGGAUUCAAGGAUCGGUGAUUUUGGGACGGGGGAGUUUGAAAAUGGUGGUGCUUGGGGGAGAUGUGUAUGACAGGGGGAUGAAUGAUGAUGAUGAUGAUUUAUGAAAAGGAAAAGGGAAAGGGAAAAAGUUUUGGGUUUAUUCUAAUCAUAAUUAAUCAAUCAAUCAAGAAAUACACAUCGUAGGAUUGAUCAUAAUACGUACCUAUCUUCACCUCCUGUCUCCAUAACAAGCUUACCUU